AUGGUGACAGGACCUGACUCAUUGAAAGAUAAGAAAUACCCAGCAAAGGAGCAUGCCAAAAGAGUUUAUUCCCAUCUUAUAGAUAGGAAUAGCUCAAAAUCUGAAGUUGCCUUCUUCAUGUCAGGAGAGGGCAUCGAAUUGCAUCCACAUACUGAUCAAACCAAAGUCUUUCGCCAAGGAAGAUAUUUUUUUUACUUAAGUGGAUGUAACAUUCCUGGUUCUCAUCUUCUUUAUAUCCCUGUAAAGGAAGAACUCAUACUUUACUUGCCAGAUAUUGAUUAUGAUGAUGUAAUGUGGUCUGGACUUCCCAUGAGCUUGGAAGAGGCCUCUAAGACUUUUGAUGUAGAUAAAGUAAAGUAUGUCUCAAAAUUGAGUGAAGAUAUUCAAAACUUGAAAGAAAUAUCAAUUUUGACCACAGAUAUCAAUAAAUGGAAUCAAAAGUUUUCGAGAAGAUUAAUUGAAGGUGAUGAGGAUUUCUUCUAUGCACUAGAUGAAUCUCGUGUAAUUAAGGAUUGGUACGAAAUUGAACUAUUAAAAUAUACUGCUAAGAUUACGGAUAAAUGUCAUUUUGCAGUGAUGUCUGCAAUUCCUAUUGAAACCAACGAAACACACAUUCAUGCUGAGUUCAUGUAUCACGCGUUAAGGCAGGGUUCCAAGAGCCAAUCGUAUGAUCCUAUAUGUUGUAGCGGAACUAAUUGCUCCACGCUUCAUUACACUAAGAAUGAUGAAGAUAUAACACCAACUAGGAGAUCAAUUUUGAUUGAUGCGGGUACGGAAUGGAGUUGUUAUACUAGUGAUGUCACUAGAUGCUUUCCAAUCAAUGGCGACUGGACCAAAGAACAUUUGGAAAUAUAUAAUACAGUUUUAAAGAUGCAAACGACUGCAAUGAACUUGAUUAAACCAGGAGCAAGCUGGGAAGAUAUUCAUUUGACUUGCCAUAAGGUCUUAAUUGAAGAGUUUUUAAAAUUAGGUAUCUUUGACUCGAAAUACUCCAAGGAGGAGAUUUUUGCAUCUAAGAUUUCGGGCGGAUUCUUCCCACAUGGAUUGGGUCACAUGCUAGGAUUGGAUACUCACGACGUUGCAGGAUAUCCGAAUUAUGAAGAUCCCAACCCGUUGUUGCAGUACUUGCGUAUUAGAAGGGAUCUUAAAGAGGGAAUGGUUGUGACAAAUGAACCGGGGGCUUACUUCUCUCCGUUUUUGCUUAAAAGUAUUUUGGCUGACGAAGAUAGGGCUAAAUAUAUCAACAAAAAGGUCCUAGAUAACUAUUGGUAUGUCGGAGGCGUUAGGAUUGAAGAUGAUGUCUUAGUCACAAAGGAUGGUUGUCAAAAUCUCACCCAAAUUACUUCAGAUCCUGCGCAAAUCUCAAAAAUUGUUAAAUCAGGUUUAGCUAAAGGCAAAGAAGGCUUUCACAAUGUAGUAUGA